GUAUACAUCUUUCAAAAUGCCACCAAAAGUUGGAACCAAAGGAGCCAAAAAGGCCGUAACAAAGGCAAAGACUGCCAGACCCGGCGGUGACAAGAAAAGGAGGAGGAAGAGGAGAGAAUCCUAUGCCAUCUACAUCUACAAAGUCUUGAGACAGGUUCACCCAGACACUGGAGUAUCCUCAAAGGCUAUGUCUAUCAUGAACAGUUUUGUCAACGAUAUCUUUGAGAGAAUCGCUGCAGAAGCUUCCCGUCUCGCUCACUACAACAAGAGAUCUACCAUCACAUCUCGGGAGAUCCAGACUGCAGUUCGUCUGCUCUUACCCGGUGAAUUGGCCAAGCACGCUGUCAGUGAAGGUACCAAAGCCGUCACAAAGUACACCAGCAGCAAGUAAACAACGAGAAGUUUAACUUCACAAACGGCCCUUUUCAGGGCCACCAA